UCUUGUUUUCUGCAUGUAAAGAAGACGCAGGCGUAGUAUAUCCGGUGUGUUGUGAAGUAUUGCAUGCAUGCUGUCCUGUACUUUUAAAGAUAUUCUAAACUAUUCGUCGACCUGCUCUACAGAUGUCGGACGAAAGCCUACUAAGUCACAAGAAACGGACCAUGAACAAGAACAUUGGUGUAAUGGCGGAACACGACAGUAGCCCUUCCGAUUCCAGUGGGAGCGUAAGUGUUGUUCCUUCUGGAAGGAGAUCCUCCAGCGAUGAAAAGGUUCAUCUGCGACGAGAACUCGGAUUGGUAAAAGCAAUUUCAAUCGUGAUGGGGACUAUCAUUGGAUCCGGGAUCUUCAUCUCACCUCAAGGAGUCUUACGAGGAACACAAAGUGUCGGGCUGAGCUUGAUCAUUUGGCUUGUGUGUGGACUGGUCUCCUUGGCUGGCGCUCUGUGUUUUGCUGAGCUGAGCAUCGUCACAGGCAAAUCUGGAAGCCAGUACAUUUACCUGAAAGAAGCCUACGGUGAUAUCCCGGCAUUCCUCUACUCCUGGACUUCCAGCCUCCUCACGCGACCAGGGGGUCAGGCCCUGGGAACCCUGGCUAUGGGGACGUACAUGGCUGAGUUCCUCGUACCCGGAGACUGUCCGAGCCCAGAUAUUCUCAUCAAGCUGUUUGCUGUGUUGGCUCUCAUGAUCGUGGGGUUUGUGAAUGCCGUCAGUGUCAAGUGGACAACCCACCUCCAUGUUGUUUUCACGGUGUCAAAGGUCAUCGCGCUGCUAAUCAUCGUCGCUGUCGGUGUGUGGAUGAUGAUACAAGGUCACACUACAUACAUCAGUCCCAGUGUAUCCUUCCGCGGCUCCAACACAAAGGUCCUGACUCUCACGGCUGCUUUCUACCAAGGCUUGUACCCGUACGACGGAUGGGGGUCUUUGAACACCGUGUACGAAGAAAUUAAAAAUCCAAAAAGAAACGUUCCUCUUGCCGCCAUUGUUGGUAUACCGGCUAUCAUAGGCAUCUACAUCCUGGUCAACAUGUCGUAUCUAACUGUCCUCACACCUGAUGAGCUCAUUGCAUCUGACGCAGUCGCAGUGAAUUUUGCCGAGCGAUCUCUGGGGGUAAUGUAUUGGGUAAUACCCCUCGGUAUCUGCAUAUCUAUGUUCGGUGCGUGCAUGGGCAACGUCUUGGCCGACGCCAGGCUUCCGUACGUGACGAGCCGUGAAGGUCACAUGGUACAAUUUCUGAGCAUGAUCAGCGUCAACAGAAGAACUCCUCUGCCCGGUAUUUGCCUGGAGGUCUUGAUUUCGCUGUUUCUGAUAGCCAUCGGUUCAUUCGACACCUUGCUUUAUGGUCUGAGCUUCGCUGGCUGGGGGUUCUAUGGUGCAUCAGUCUUGGCCGUCCCAGUCCUCCGCUACAGACAGCCCAACCGACCAAGACCCUUCAAAGUUCCCAUCAUUCUGGCUAUUUUAGUUUUCAUCUGCUCUCUGUACCUCGUUAUUUCGCCGUUCGUAAACGGACCCGACAUCGAGAUCAUCUACGCAUGUCUGUUUAUUCUGUCUGGGCUCGUCUUCUAUUUUCCUUUCGUCCACUUCAAGUUGCGGCCGCGCGUUGUAGGUCACAUAACAACAUUUCUGCAGAAGUUGUUUGUUGUUGUUCCCUCAGAUUAUGUGGCACCAGAGUAAAAAAAGGAGCCUUUUGUUUAUUUAUGGUCGAUUACAUGAAAGGCUCGGAAUUCAAUCUGGUGUAUAGAAUCGUCGAUAUGAUAAUGAAUAUUCAUUAACUAAGUACAUGAUUAUUCAUUAACUAACCACUUUUUCAUUUAACUUUGAAUUUCGCCA